AACUCAUGAACUGUACAUGUUUAUGUUCCCGCCUUCUCUCUAUCAAAUCUAGAGCGCGCGCAUUUUGAUUUCAUUCGUUUAGAUUCGUCUCUUUUUCUCUUUGCUUAAUCGGUAAAUUCUGGUGAACAACUGAUCAUUCGUUAGUUCUAUUCUCGGAUUCUUAGAAUACUUUCAAUCCGUUUCUGAAAUGAAGGGAGGUACAGUUCAGAUCAAUUGGCAUGACACAAAGCCUGUCCUAACCCUAGAUUUCCAUCCACUCUCGGGGUUACUCGCCACUGGUGGUGCUGAUUUCGACAUCAAGCUAUGGAACAUCAGUUUUGACGAACCACAGAAGAAAAGCCCCACCGCUACUUACGUGAAUAGCCUUUCUUAUCAUUCAUCUGCUGUAAACGCUCUUCGUUUCUCUCCUUCAGGUGAGCAGCUUGCUUCUGCGGCAGAUGGAGGAGAUGUUUUAAUAUGGAAAAUGCACAAUGUUGAUGCAGGCCAGGCAUGGAAAGUACUCAGAGCAUUGUCUUAUCAUCGGAAAGAUGUGCUGGACUUACAAUGGUCAACAGAUGGAGCUUUUCUUGUUUCUGGAUCAGUGGAUAAUUCCUGCAUUGUGUGGGAUAUUAAUAAAGGAUCUGUCCAUCAGAUCUUGGAUGGCCAUAUCCACUAUGUUCAAGGUGUUGCAUGGGACCCAUUAGGAAAGUAUGUUGCUACACUUAGUUCAGACAGAACUUGCCGGGUCUAUGCUAAGAAACAUCAAAAUUUAAAAACCAAGGCCAACGAUAAGAUGAAUUAUGUUUGUCAACAUGUCAUAUUAAAGUCUGAGGAUCAAACUGCUGAAGAAGCUAAGUCUUCUAAAACUCAUCUGUUUCACGAUGAGACAUUGCCAUCAUUUUUCCGAAGAUUAGCAUGGUCACCAGAUGGAUCAUUUUUGGUUGUACCUGCAGGUUCCUACAAACCUUUUCCUCUAUCAGAAUCUUUGAAUGCAACUUAUAUUUUCUCCAGAAAGGAUCUUUCUAGACCUGCUCUAAUGCUUCCUGGUGCCAGUAAACCUACUGUGGCAGUGAGAUUCUGCCCAAUAGCUUUUUCACUAAGGGGAUCAAAUUCAGCUUCUUUCUUCAAACUCCCCUAUCGCCUUGUUUUUGCUGUGGCAACAUUAAAUUCUUUAUACAUUUUUGAUACGGAGAGCACCGAACCCAUAGCAAUUUUUGGUGGACUUCACUAUGCAGCCAUAACUGACAUCUCAUGGUCAUCUAAUGGUAAAUAUUUAGCGAUGUCCUCACAAGAUGGGUAUUGUACUCUAGUAGAAUUUGAUGACGAAGAAUUAGGCUCACCUGUUUCGUUGUCAGAAAACAUGGGCUGCUCAAACAUGGAAUCGAGCAAUGGAAAUCUGGAUGAUGGAAAAGCGGAAACAAUACAAGAAAAGAAUGAAGCUAUAACGCCAACAAGUUCGUUUAUAACUCCAACUCAGAAACCUGCUAGGAAACGCAUUACUCCAAUGGCUAUCGAUUGAUUGAUUCUCUUGUAUAAUUCAAAUUUACAGUUAUUUAAUAAUCUAUUUCACUAGAGUGAUCUUUCUAGAUUUAAUACCCAAGCUCUUACCUUACUCUUACCCUGGCGAUAGGGCAUUAAAACAUUUCGGCAUGAAAAAAUGACGAUACUAUUAUGGAUUCAAUCUUGUUUAAAAUGUUUACUUUUUAAUACUCUAUGAAGAUUUAUUAUUGUCAAUGA